AGUUGUCAAGAGCAUGUGUUUGCCCCAUACAUUAUUCAACUAAAUUUCUUUUUCUCGCUGCCUUCUUCCCUGUUGCUUCAUGCAAGGCUUUCUAAAGGGAAGAAAGCUUGUUAUUUGAUUGUUACGUUAUCUGGUUUGCAAAUUUACUGCUGUCUUCAUAGGUUUUUCUCUCCAACUUUCUUUCUAGAUAUUAACUUGUAUUAAUGGCAAAUUAUAGUUCAUUCUCCAUGCCUUUGUAUACCAUCAUCAUGUUUCAUGUGCAUCACUUUUUCACCCCAUUAAAUCUUUUCAAUCUUUUCCAGGAGUUGUUAAAAUGGGAGAAAGAGUUUAUUCACUACGUAGAGUUUAGUAGAUAAAGAUAAUAUUUUGAGAUAAUGCCAGUUCCACUUGCCCCUUACCCGACACCCCCUCCCCUACCUCUUUAUACGCCCCCACCAAAUGGUGCACAGAGUCAACUUGUCUGUUCUGGGUGUAGAAAUUUUUUGCUUUAUCCAGUUGGAGCCACCUCUGUGUGUUGCGCUGUUUGCAAUGCAGUCACAGCAGUGCCACCACCAGGCACAGAAAUGGCUCAGUUAGUUUGUGGAGGCUGUCACACUUUUCUCAUGUACAUCCGUGGAGCCACAAGUGUGCAAUGCUCUUGUUGUCACACGGUCAAUCUAGCUUUGGAAGCAAAUCAGGUGGCACAUGUCAACUGUGGGAACUGUAGGAUGCUACUCAUGUACCAAUAUGGAGCAAGAUCCGUGAAAUGUGCGGUUUGCAGUUUUGUAACAUCAGUUGGGGCCUCAACAAGCACCACUGAGCAGAAAUUCAGCACCUAAAUCUAACUAUAAAAGUCUUUACAGACACCGACCUUGGUUUUAAUAGUCACAUAUCGCCCUAGCUGGCACAGUAAAUUCUCUUCACUUGUAUAGAGUUAUUUUUCCUUUGAGUGAAAUAACUAAAUAAUUUUGGUAUUAUUGGGUGUACCAUGUAAUGCUUUAUUAAUAAGCAGUGUAUGCCUCAAAAGGAAUCGGUCUUGCCCCUACAGCAUCAGUACCAGUUUAUAAUUCUCCAAAUUCAGAGGCAGUAUCAGAAAUAAAGGCUAUUUGGAAUAACUAUUUAUGAUAAGAUUAUUGAUUGUGAGUGCUUUUGAAAAUUCGCAUCUCCAGAAAAGGUAGGGUUUAGUAUCCCAUGCUGAUAUUUUGUUUAUGAAGCUUGAAGGAGAACCAAACACAGAAUUCAAUCUCUUUAGAAAAUUUUCUGCCUUUUGAAUCAGCAAAAGAUCCAAGUACGGCCACGAACU